GCGUUGGAAGGGAAUUCUAAGUUGUUGCAAUACACAUUGGAGUUCCUCAAAAGCGAGGUCAACUCUGGAGCCAAAUGAUGCAAGUUUAUUUCAACGAGCGAGAAACUGACACGCGUUCGGGAAUCGUUUACGGACAUGUGGUUCAAGUUGAGCGAGCGGAAGAGGAACAAGAUCUACGAGUUCCUCUUUUUGGAAACGCGGCCCAGGAGGGAUGUCGACGCUGAGCACAUGCGCCGCAAGGAACACAUGUUAGUGUUGCUGGACAACUACCACGAUGCCUUACGCAAUAACGCAAAGAACUUCCUCGACCAGCUGCAGUGUUUGUACUUCGUCGAGUCCGAGCACGUGUUGAAGCUUAAGAGUUAUGUUGCCUUGAUCUCCACGAACGACGAGGCGGAGACAGGCAUUGUUUUCAACAGGGCUACCCCGGAGGAGUACCACGACACCGAGGACAUCGACAUCGAUCACCAUCCUGCUCCGGUGUUUCAUGCCCCAGGCUCCUCGUCGGCCGGUCCCUCAACAAGCCUGACCACCCAAGCAUCACGUGUGCUCACGUUCACCCCAGGUAAGACCCCGAGUAAGCUGGCGGCGAGACUGACGCCUCGGCCUGCCACCCCGCCUCUAUUGCAUUCUGGGAGUUAUGUUCCACUGUAUCAUCCUUCUCACAAGGAUGAUACCGUUCACUUCAAAAGGCUCAACCACACUCGAUCAAGCGAGGCGGACUGGGGCCAUGACAUGAUUUGGCACCAAGGAACUAUCCAGUCGGCAAUCCAGAAGGGCGAGUGGGUCAUGACCCUCAUCAACGACCAAGGGUUGUGGGAGCCAUACCCGCGCCAGUCGAAGGCCGAGUACCUGGAACAUGUGAGAAGUUCGGUGGUCGACACAGUGAGGUCUGUGAAUCCCGACCUUCAACCCGCCGACCCGGCCAUCGAUUCCACUGCUGAACUUCUGUUUCAAGAACUUCAGAACAAGUUGUGGUUGGAACUCUCGGACAAAUUUAACGACUUCGACACGAGCCCUUCGAAGGGAUGGGUGGACUGAAAGGUUCGCCCUGCGACCGGGUCACAGGGUUGUUCAGGGGGGCCGGGGG